AAACAAUUCGCUGUUCCUUUGCUUUUGCCUUGCAAAGGAACGUGCGCCGAACGUCUUCUACUUCGCUGUCUCCUCUGUCGUCUCGACCUCUCCCUAAUCAAGAUGAGCGACGAAAUUACCAACAGCAGCAGCUCGCUGCCGGCGCCUGCUUCCCCGCUGGACAACGACGAUCUCCUCGAGGAGAUCCUUCUCCGUCUCCCGCCGAAGCAGUCCUCUCUCCGGCACGUCUCGGCAGUUUGCAAGCGCUGGCGAGGCCUCGUCGCCGAUCCCAGGUUCUUCUGCCGCUGGAAGCCACCCCUCCUUGGCGCCCUUGUGUGCGGCGACAAGGAGACCGUGUUCACCCCCAUCCUAGACCCUCCAGAGGGCACCCCUUUGGAGCGUUUUGACCUUGGACACUGCAGCAGGCGCCGCCAUUACUGUGUGCUCGAUUGCCGUCACAGCCGUGUCCUUGUCAAAGACUUGUGGCGGAAAGAAAUUGUUGUGUGUGAACCCAUUAGAGGUGAGCAACACCACGUGCCGAUUCCGCCAGCGUUCAACAGAACCAGUGGCCACCUAAACGGGGUGGUGCUUUGUGCCGCGGCGGCGCAUGACCACGUGCAUGGUAGCUGCCCGUCCAGCCCAUACAAGGUGGCAUUGAUGUCCAUGUACAAAACUGACCACAGACUCGUCGCAUGUGUUUACUCCUCUGAGACUGGUAUAUGGGGUAAAUACGUCUCCACAUCGGCUCCAUGUGCGAUUUUUAAUGCUCAUAUUGUUGGGACCCUAACUGGUAAUACCCUUCACUGGUUGUCCAUGAAAGAUCACAUACUUGAAUUUGAUUUGGAUAGACAGACCCUUGCAAUGAUCGAGGGGCCUCAAGGUCUGAAUGAUGAACCCCACAAACAUCGGAUCAUCAAGGCAGAGGACUGUGAUGUUGGUCUUUUCGUGUUAUCUGAAAAUAGCAUUCAAUUGUGGCAGAUGAAGGUCAAUUAUCAAGGUAUUACCACAUGGUUGUUGCGGAAUGACGCAAUUCUUGAGAUCUCUCCUCAGAUCAAGAGAAAUAAGGGACGACUGCUCGGGUAUGAUGAGGAUAUUGAAGCAAUAUUUUUACAUAUCCACGGGGGUGUCUAUAUGGUUCAACUUAAGUCAAUGCAAUGCAAGAAACUUGAUGAAUCCAGUCAUUAUACAAACUAUCGCUAUUAUCCUUUCAAGAGUUUUCAUGCACCAGGCAUAGCCAUUGCUGCUGGAUGUGAUGGUGCUGAAGUGCUGCACGGUGCAUUAUUGGGAUGACUGUUUCAUUUGCUUUGCUAAUGUACUGAAAUGCUUCAACAAGGGAAGGAAGGGUUAAUGAAUUUUCUCGCGUCGCACCGAUUGAGUUGGCAGUGUUCAUAUACUAUCAGGUCUACCGGCUGGUCCUUGUCCGUGACCAUGCAGCAACGCCAUGUGCCUUGGCAUUUCACCUGUGCCAACAAUUAAUGGAAGUUAGGACAAUGCGUGGGCCAGGCCAGCAACUGUCAUAGUGUUUGGCGUUUCUAUAUGAGAGAGAAACACCAUAAACCAUGACGUUUGUGAAAAGGGUCAAAUGAUGAAAUAAUUUCUGGGAGAGGUCAUUUUGUGCUGAAGUUUCCUGACAAGGUCAGAAUAGUGAUUUUGGCAAAAAAAAACUUACUGAAUGCAUGCCUUAGUCCAGCCGAGAUUCUAAUGUAGCACGCUGGUUUUGAGUACCAAAUCCAGGGAAUUUCAGCUUCCCCUAGUAAUAUAUAAAGUUGU